AUGGCCAUUGUGACAUCUAUCAUUCUCAAAAGGAACUAUCGCGUCGACCUUAUUGUGGACCUCGUGAGGCUCUUUGGCCCUCCCAUUCUCAUAUUUUCAGCGGUAGUUUCCUUUAUCGUUCCUCGCACAGUUCUCGCUGCGAAUUUUUCGCGGCCUCUUCUCUAUGUAUUGAUAAGCGUGUUGUACUGGACUGCAAAAGUGCAAAUUACCCAAUGGAGGUACCGUCAAGAGGCCAAGAAAUUGGGUGCGGUCUGCUUUCCUAAACUUCGGGGGAAAUGGCCUGGAAACCUGGACAUCAUUUAUCUUGGGAUGCGUUCACUCAAGGAGGGAUACAUCGCCGACUCUGAAGAAUUUUUCGGCGAUGGUGACACAUUCAAUAUGGGAGCGUUCUGGACGAAUAUCUAUGUUACCAGAAGUCCUACCUUCAUACAACACGCACUAGCGACGGAACCUGACUUCUUCCCCAUGGGAGAAGACCAGUGCACCUUGCUUCACGGAAUGUUUGGGAAUGGUAUUUUGGCAACUGAUGGCGCUGAAGCCAAGGUACGUAGAGGAAUAAUGAGACCUUUUUUUGCCAAACAGCGUGUCCGGGACUUCGAUCUUCUUGAUCGCUAUGCCCAGAAGGCCCUCGCUCUCAUCCAUGAGAGGGCUCAAUCUGGCCAAUCCAUCGACGUUCAAGACUUGUUCCAACGUUUCACUAUCGACAUUGCAGGAGAAUUUCUCUUCGAUACGACAGAACUUAACACUCUUGACCUACCACUCUCCCUUCCAGGACAAGUUAAGCCUGGUACAAGAGGAACUCUCGCGGAGGGACCUUAUGGUGGAACAAUCCACGCCAUUGACAGGCUUCAGGAUAUUUCUGUCCUUCGUAGCCUUAAGGGGAAGGCUUGGGGGCUUUUCGAGUUUUUGAAAGACGAAACGAAGGAGCAUAAUGGGGUCGUUGAUCGAUUCAUUUUACCGCUCGUUGCUAAGGCUUUGGAGAACAAGAAGAAGAGAGGGAAUCAGAAGAUCGAUAUUCAGGAUGGGAAGUUCAUCGACCAUUUAGCGGAUUCGAUGGAUAACGCUAGAUUGAUUCGCGAUGAGUUGUUCAAUGUCCUCUUGGCAUCUUGGGAUACUUCAGCGUCAACGUUAACCUUUGUACUCUAUUUCCUAUCCAUAUAUCCCGAAGCCGCAGCCAAGUUGCGAGACGAAAUAACGAGGAUUCUUCCAAGCGGAUCUCCUACGCUCGAUAGCAUCCGGAAAAUGACCUAUUUGCGUGCCGUUCUUAAUGAGACAUUACGUCUCUUCCCUCCAGUUCCAACGAUCCCUAAGGCUUCCAGAACGGCCUGUCUCGUACCUGGGGAUCACACGACAAACGGGAAACCAGCGUACAUCCCUGCGGGAGAGGAGACGAUUCUCCUAUCUGUAUUCGCUCUUCACCGAAAGAAAGAUGUAUGGGGGGAAGAUGCAGAGCUAUUCGUUCCGGAACGUUGGAUCGAUAAGGAUGGAAGGCAUAAAGUUUUGAAUAACUCUCGUGCAUUCUAUCCGUUUGGCGCUGGGCCAAGGGCUUGUUUGGGUCAGGAGUUUGCAUAUAACGAGGCAAGCAUCAUGCUAAUUCGUAUCCUUCAAAUAUGCGACACCUUUACAUUACGCCAAGAACAAGAUGCUCCCCCAGGGUCUUGCCCACCGGAGUCAUGGAAAGGGGCUCCAGGAAGGAAAGGAAUUGAGCAGGUUUGGCCCAAGACGGCUAUCACCUUAUUUGUCAAGGGGGGUUGUUGGGUCCAGAUGGGCCUCGCAUGUACUAGUUAA